AUUCAUUCUCCGGAUAUUUCCAUUCAUUUUCACACCUUUCUUCUUGCACUUGCAUGACUUGAGCCAAUAGAGCAAUGUCUGGAGCCUGGUAUAUGGACGAGGAUUAUGAAACAGAUCAAAGAGAGCCCCAUCGCUCACCUAACGAGCCAGCAGAUGUAGAUAUGUCCUUACUGGCUGAUAUUGGAGUCCUUCAUUGGAAGCUUGAUACUGCAAACUAUGAAGGAGAGGGAGGGACUUUUGAUAAGCUGAGGAAAGAGAGGGGUUACAAUUAUAGUGACAUCAUAACAGUGUCUCCUGACAAGCUACCAAACUAUGAACAAAAGAUUAAAUCAUUCUUUGAGGAGCACCUACACAGCGAUGAAGAGAUUCGCUUUAUCCUAGAAGGGAGUGGCUAUUUUGACGUGAGAAGUAAAGGAGACAAGUGGAUAAGGAUCAAAGUUGAAUGCGGCGAUCUUAUAAUCCUUCCAGCUGGAAUAUACCACCGGUUCACACUGGAUAAUAAAAAUUAUAUAAAGGCAAUGCGCCUGUUUCAAGGUGAGCCAGUGUGGACUCCAAUUAACAGACCAGCUGACAGCCACCCAGCAAGAAUGACCUAUCUCCAAUCUUUACAAUAAAUCAUUUAAAAACUGAUAUUAAUAAUUGUUAUUAUUAUUGCUAAUUAGUGUUGUAUAUAGUGAAAUGUAUUGUGUCUUUAUUAAUAAUGACUUAUGACUGUAUCAUAAUA